AUGAAAUUUGUAAAAUUUUUUUUAGAGAAAUUUGUAAAAUUUUUUUUAGAGAAAUUUUCCUCAGAAGUAGAUGCUUUAACGGACGUUGGAGUUGUUCGUAAACCAUAUCCAUUAGUAGGGAGUCAAACUCUAUCUAGAUCGCCUUUAACAAAAACUGUCAGUAAUCAGCAUGCGAAACAGUACCAUUCUAAACGUGUCUUUAAGGUUAUUAUAUUGGGCGAUGCUGGUGUUGGAAAAACUUGUCUGAGUUUUCGAUUUUGUAAUGGAAGAUUUCCUGCACAAACUGAAGCUACUAUUGGUGUGGAUUUUCGUGAAAGAUCUGUUAUUAUAGAUAGUGAACUGAUUAGGAUCCAGUUAUGGGACACUGCUGGUCAAGAGCGCUAUCGCCAUUCAAUUGUAUCUCAUUAUUAUCGAAAUGUUAAUGCUGUAGUAUUUGUUUAUGAUAUUACUUGUCCAUCAUCAUUUCGAUCACUUUCUAGCUGGAUUGGUGAAUGUCACAAAUAUUCUGUUUCUGCUAAUAAUGAUACUCCACAUAUUCUUAUUGGCAAUAAGUGUGAUUUAAAAUGUGAAGACAGGGUAAAAACUGAUUUAGCUCAGAUGUUUGCUGAUCAGAAUGAUAUGGCUUUGUUUGAAACAUCGGCACUAGUAGAUUCUGAAGCUGACCAUGUCGAAUCAAUAUUUAUGACACUGGUACAUAAGUUACAACAAAGUAAACCGAUGCAUGUUCAGAGUGAUGCAGAAAGGGCUCAGAAAGAAGAACGGCUUUUGCUGAAGGCUGACGAAGCAGCUAAACUUGCAGAAGAACAAGGCUGGUGUUGUUAA